AUGGUUUACAUACCCCCGAACACAAACGUCCCGAAGAUUACGGCGUAUUUGACCACGAGCCUCUCCCCAGAGGACUUAGCGACGGUCAAGAAAGCUUUUGAGCUUGGCGCAUGCUCAAGAUUCUGUCCAAUUCUUGAAAUGGUCAUCAAAGACGAGCCCUUGUAUCACAAUAAGUCGCACGCCGAUAUCCGCCACGCCGAAGAUGUCGCAGGUCGGAAAGAGGGCUUCGUUGUCAUUGACGAUUGCGCAGUAGAUGAUGAAGCAAUCUGGUUCAUCGAUACUUUCGCCACUGAAGAUCAGGUUGAAGAUGGAGAAGUUGAGAGCACCGACGUUCUUCUCAAAAUCCUCAUCAAGACCGAUUGCCUACCGCUCACCUGGAUAAACUACGACAUUGCCAACAUCGACAUAAUGGAGGACUUGGGCAAUUGCGGGGUCGAAAUGCCCCUUGCGAUGGAUUACAAACAAGAGACUCCCAGUAACUGCGGCGGUUUGAAUAUGAAGGAACAACAGAAGCACCAGUCUCUGUGGCUUACAGCUGAGCCCGGCGACUUUGAGGAAUCAACGGACCCGGACCUACUGGACAACUUUCGUCCGCGUCCUGAUAAGGUUGCAAAACUCUACAAGCAGGUGGCAGAGGAGCACGGAGUUGUCGCUGAGUGGACAAUUCCUUCAGCCGCCCGACCGAUCGAACUCCCUGAUGGAACGAAGAAAACAUUUCCGCAGGGAAGUGUCGUUCUACAACACAAGUGGAACCCGAAAUAUCCUUGGCCUGACUACAAGUGGCCAGAUGAAUCACUUUGA